AUGAGCGACAAGAAAUCUUUCUACAACCAAACCGUGUCAGACACCUCCUUCCGACGAACCUGGGAUCGCGAGGCCUACACCGAAAAAGCUGCUUCAGACGAAGCCAAGGCGAAAAUCGAAGCAAAAGCCCGCUAUGAAGCUAAGCUACAAGGCAAAAAAUACCAUGCUCCCGUCGACUACAGCACGCUCGAGGCGACCACGUCUCGCGCAAAACGGCUCGAUGUGGCGAGUCUGGUUGGAAAGACUACAUUAGUCCCGGCAGGCGCAGCAGUAGGGAAAAGAGGCCGUGGUGCGGGAUUCUACUGCUCUGAUUGCGACUUGACGUUUAAGGAUAAUAUACAACUCGUUGAACAUUUGAAUAGCAAGCAACAUCUGUUUGCGACAGGACAGAGUGGAGAGGUUGUCAGGGCUGGUGUCGUGGAGGUUAGGAACCGGCUAAGAUGGUUGGCGCAUAAAAGGAGAAUGGAAGCGGAGGAGGACAAGAAAGUUGGACAGUUGGAUCUUGAUCUUAGGAUCAAGAAUAGGGAGGAAGAGGAGGCGAAGGAGAGAGAGGAAAGGCGGAGGAAGAGGAAUGAGAAGAGGAGGAAGACUGGCAAAGAUGGUGUCAAGCAAGAAGAUGCUUGGGAAGGCCGACUAGGCAUUAUUUCUUAA